GAAUGACGAAAAAAAUUGUGCGGUAUAAAGAAGGUUCGAUUCCCGUCAAAAUGGGAGGCGGAGAGAAGAGGCGCGGCGAGACCUAUCGCAUCAGGCAGUAUCGCUUCUGCCGAUUUCUCGCGAGUCCGGUUCGCUCUCCGUCGCCGGCGAUCCGAGUUGGCUCGCGGGAAGGAGGGCAGGAGUUUUCUUCCAGAUACAACGCCGGUGCCGUGGGAAAAAAGCGUGGAAAGGGAGAGCUCAAAUCGGGGGAGUUGAUCUUCGGAUCGGGAUAUGGACGGGCAAGGCAUCGGAGGCGGUUCGACUCGGAGGAGCAUAUCGGGGACCAGCAAUCUGGGGAGGAAGAAGGCUCCGGAGAACGGCCUGGACGCUGCCCGGCGGAAUUCCAUAUCUCGACCCCCAACUAUGAGCGGAGAGAGAACAGUGAAGAGAUUACGUUUGUCUAAGGCUUUGACUAUCCCUGAAAGUACAACUGUGUAUGAAGCUUGCCGUAGGAUGGCUUUACGAAGGGUUGAUGCUGUCCUGUUGACAGAUUCAAAUGCACUACUUUGCGGAAUUCUUACAGACAAGGAUAUUACCACAAGAGUCAUUGCUAAGGAGCUGAAACUUGAGGAAAUUCCAGUGUCAAAAGUAAUGACUAGAAACCCAAUGUUUGUUCUUUCUGACACACUUGCUGUGGAAGCUUUACAGAAGAUGGUACAAGGAAAGUUCAGGCAUUUGCCAGUUGUAGAAAAUGGUGAAGUCAUUGCUUUGCUUGACAUUGCAAAAUGUCUAUACGAUGCAAUAGCAAGAAUGGAGAGGGCUGCUGAAAAGGGUAAGGCCAUUGCAGCUGCAGUUGAAGGGGUAGAAAAGCACUGGGGGACUACUACCACUGGUCCCAAUACAUUUAUUGAAACACUUCGAGAGCGGAUGUUUAAGCCAUCCUUGUCAACCAUCCUUCAAGAGAAUUCAAAGACUGUUACCAUCGCACCAACUGAUUCAGUGUUAACUGCAGCCAAGAAGAUGCUUGAGUUCAAAAUAAGUUCGGCUGUUGUAACAAUUGAAAAUAAACCUGGGGGAAUUCUGACUUCAAGAGACAUUUUAAUGCGUGUAGUUACCCAGAAUCUUUCACCAGAAUCUACUCCUGUGGAAAAGGUCAUGACUCCAAAUCCUGAAUGUGCAAGGGUUGACACAGCAAUUCUUGAUGCUCUUCAUACAAUGCAUGAUGGGAAAUUUUUACAUUUACCUGUUGUUGAUAAAGACGGGAACAUUGUUGCAGUUAUUGAUGUUAUUCAUAUUGCCCAUGCUGCAAUAGCCACUGCUGGAAGCACAGGUGCAGCAAACGAAAGUGCAAGUGCCAUGAUGCAUAAAUUCUGGGAUUCUGCUUUGUCUCUAGGACCUUUGGAUGACGAAGAUGAUUCUAGAAGUGAAGGAUCUUUGAAACUUGCAUCAGAUGCUGGGGAUACAGUUAGAUCGUCUGCUUUCUACCCGCCUUCAGGCUUGUCAACAACAUUCGGCUUUAAGCUCCAGGAUAAACAGGGAAGAAUGCAUAGAUUUAACUGCGAAACACAGAGCUUGACAGACCUUAUAACUUGCAUACUCCAGAGGGUUGGUGGUGAUAUCGAUAAAAACCAUCUCCCACAGAUACUGUACGAAGAUGAGGACCACGAUAAAGUUAUUCUUGCAUCAGAUAGCGACCUUGUGGCAGCAGUGGACCAUGCUAGACAAGCUGGUUGGAAGAGUUUGAGGUUGCAUUUGGAUUACACCGGUAUGGGCGGGAGGAAGAAAGGUCGAGGUGGAUCAGCAACUGGGAAUUUGGAGUAUGCACAGAAGGAUGCCUGGGCAAGCGCAUACAGCACGGUGGCUGCUGGAGCAGCAUUAAUUGCAGGUAUCGGAGUCAUGGCCUAUUUGAAAAGGUCAGCAUCGUAGAUUAAACACUAAACGUCAGGAUCAAUUAUAAACGACAUUCUCUUGUACGAAUUCAAGAAAUAGGAAGAGCCAUUGAAUAAAAGUACUACGAGACACGUAUUGUAAUUAUUUAUCCUGCAGACGGGGGAAGUAUUUUAGGAUCGGCGUUACAAGUUCAGCUGUUUUUACCCCUUUUUUUUUUCCUCUGGGAAUAUACAUGUAUUGUACACGUUUUGCAAUUAUAAACAACAUUCUCUUUCUUUUAUAAAUAUGAAAAAUAAAGAUGUGUUCGUCAA